AUGGAUGAACGUUGCAAGUCGUUCAACUUCAACGACUGCAACAAAAAGUGCGAGUUGAACUUUGCCACAAGACGAGAGCAUCCCAAAGACUUCAAUGCAACUCAAGGGAGUGUGUACUUUGAUGCAGAUGAGGACACACCUCUCUACUCACUGGAUGAUAGCUCCUUUAGUUACUACCAAAGUUGCAAAAGGUUCUUAGAUGCCGGUUAUCGUUCAAGCGGUAUCUACACAAUCUACCCAGAGGGGUUCGGUAAUUGCGGUCUUCGCGUCUACUGUGACAUGGAAACUGACGGCGGGGGAUGGAUCGUGUUUCAAAGGCGACAAGAUGGCAGCGUAGACUUCUGGCGUAACUGGACCGAGUACCAGUCUGGCUUUGGCGAUCUGCCCAGUGAGUUCUGGUUGGGCAACGACAACUUGGUGACUCUGACAUCUGAUGAUUCACAAGGAACAUGGGAGCUGCGAGUUGAUUUAGGGGACUGGGAGAACAAAACAGUUUGGGCAAAGUACACCGAUUUCAAACUAUCUCCUGGUGAGUACCGUCUGAAUUAUGACUUUUACGAUAUAAGCAGCACCGCUGGCGACUCUCUUGCCGAGAGCAAGGGUUUUCCCUUUACUACAAAGGACAAGGACAAUGAUGUCUAUGACAGAAAUUGUGCUUAUAUCCACAAAGGAGCCUGGUGGUUUGCGAAGUCUGUCAUUGCUGGGCUUCGAUGUAACUCCUUUGCAGCACAGCAAUAUGCAUUUUAUAACGCGGAAAAUCGCGCCCUGGAACGCUUCGUCUAUGUGGACAAAUCUGUGCGAUCUCCCGUCAUCUGCGGACGAGAAUGCAGCAUGGAUGACCGCUGCAAGUCGUUCAACUACAACGACUGCAGCGAAAAGUGCGAGUUGAACCUUGCCACAAGACGAGAGCAUCCCGAAGACUUCAAUGCAACUCAAGGGAGUGUGUACUUUGAUGCAGAUGAGGACACACCUCUCUACUCGCUGGCUGAUCACUCCUUUAGUUACUACCAAAGUUGCAAAAGGCUCUUAGAUGCCGGUUAUCGUUCAAGCGGUAUCUACACAAUCUACCCAGAGGGAUUCGGCAAUGGCGGUCUUCGCGUCUACUGUGACAUGGAAACUGACGGCGGGGGAUGGAUCGUGUUUCAGAGGCGACAAGAUGGCAGCGUGGACUUCUGGCGUAACUGGGACGAGUACCAAUCUGGCUUUGGCAAUAUGUCCGGUGAGUUCUGGUUGGGCAACGACAACUUGGUGACUCUGACGUCUGAUAAUUCACAAGGAACAUGGGAGCUACGAGUUGAUUUAGGGGACUGGGAGGACAACACAGUUUGGGCAAAGUACACCGAUUUCAAACUAUCUCCUGGUGAGUAUCGUCUGAAUUAUGACUUUUACGAUAUAAGCAGCACCGCUGGUGACUCUAUGCGGAUCAGCAAGGGUUUGCCCUUUUCAACAAAAGACAAGGACAAUGAUAUCUGGGAAAGGAAUUGUGCAGAUAUCCACAAAGGAGCCUGGUGGUUUAAUGCGUGUAUGUCCUGUCACUUGAAUGGUAUAUAUUACCCAGAGCAGAUACCUGGUAAUGACUGGGGAAUUUAUUGGUAUCGUUGGAAAUAUACUACUGAGUACUCCUUGAAAAAAUGCAGCAUGAAAAUACGUGAAAUAUGAAUAAAGAGAUAUUGCCCUUCAAAUUAUA